CGUGAGCUUGGUCUUUGCUUGCUGUCUUUGUGAAAGAAGAGGAGGAACAUCAUGGAAUCCAUGGAUACAAGUCUGCUUCAAGACAAACAAAAAUUAGUUGAUGAUGCUAUGAAUAUUGAGAACAGAUCUCCAAGUUCUGCAAAGUCAUCUGAUGAUGUAGAAAAGUCGACAGUGAACAGUAACAGACACGAAGAGUAUCAAUACCUUGAUGCCAUUCAGAAAAUAAUCAGCACUGGCUGUCUCCGGAGCAACAGAACAGGAAUUGAUACCAAGGCCAUAUUUGGCAUGCAGAUGAGAUACAGUCUAAGAAAUACAUUUCCUCUACUGACGACGAAGCGAGUUUUCUGGCGGGGCAUUCUUGAAGAACUGUUGUGGUUUAUCCGCGGCUGCACCAAUGGGAAAGAACUGUCCGAGAAAGGGGUGCACAUUUGGGACGCUAACGGCUCGAGAGAAUUUUUGGAUAGAAGGGGGCUUCAACACCUGGAAGAAGGUGACCUAGGUCCAGUGUAUGGCUUCCAGUGGCGACAUUUCGGUGCUGAGUACUCCAACAUGAGCGCAGACUACACGUCCAAGGGCGUGGAUCAGCUCCAGCAAGUAAUCGACAAGAUCCGCAACGCUCCCAAUGACCGCACCAUCAUCAUGUGUGCAUGGAAUCCAAAAGAUAUUCCUAAGAUGGCUCUGCCUCCUUGUCACUGCCUGGUCCAGUUUUUCGUGGCGGACAAUCGUCUGUCGUGCCAGCUGUACCAGCGUUCUGCCGACAUGGGUUUAGGUGUUCCGUUCAACAUUGCCAGCUAUGCCCUGCUCACCUACAUGAUUGCUCACGUGACGAAUCUAGAGCUCGGGGACUUUGUGCACACCUUGGGAGACGCCCAUGUUUAUGUCAACCACAUCGAACCUUUGCAGGAGCAGUUGAAAAGAAAACCUCGACCUUUUCCCAAACUGAUCAUCAAACGCAAGGUCACCAACAUCGAGGACUUCAAGGCUGAUGAUUUUGAAAUUGUGGACUACAAGCCUUACAACAAGAUAAAGAUGGACAUGGCUGUUUGAGCCGAUCCUCUCUGACGCUGGAUGCUUUCCUUUUGUGCAUUUUGCUGACGAUAAAAGAUGUGAAAUUUUCGUUAAGUUGCUGGAGUAGUCUGGAUAUAAUAGUCUCGCAGGUGCGUUGUGAAAUCGACCGGAUGCGGAAAUCUUUUCGCUAUGUACGUGUUUGCUGUACAAAGAAUAUAUGUGAAAGAAAAAUUCAGGACUUGAAAAUCUGUGCCCUGUGUGUCUGUUUCGCAACGUACGUGCUAGACUGUACAUAUGAAUGCUACUGUUUAUAGAUAUUUUGUUUAUUUGUUAGCCUUUUGUGUUCACAAAAAACUUUUGUUCCGAUUGUACAGUAAACCUCGCAUUCUCCCAGUUCUGAUUGUCUGGUGAAUCUCUUUCUACCGGUUCUUGCUUGUCUUACAGAGCACCAACAAGACUCACUUUCACGUUUCCUUCAUUGUCACACCUAACAUCCCCAUUCUCUUUUCUUUGUGAUAACAACAUUGUUUUACCUUUUGUGUCUCGUUGUCUGAUAUAUUUAUUUAUAGAACUACAGUGAAGUCCGUUCAAAGUGAACACAGCUAACCCGAAAAUAGCGAUAAACCGAAAGAAAAUAAAGUUCACUACUUUUUUUUUCCGAUUUAAGAAACCCCUCUAAAAUGAGAAGACUAUAAGAACUCUAAAACCUGUGGAAAAAUGCCAGUUUUUUAAUAUUUUUUACUUCCAUUAUUUUGACGAGCGUCCGAUUUCGCCACGCUGCCUCACAUAUACCAUGAGACACACUUUGUGAGGAAAGUAUCCGAUCUUCAAGCAUGUUCAAUGAACUCAGGGAUGUAGUUCUUCAGUUGUCCCCCCCCCCCGUUUUUACUAGAAGAACAUAUUCGAAGCAUUUGUUUUCUGUUUAACUAUUUUAUUAGUUGAGGCUAUAGAGACUUCAACAAAAGUUAAGGACCACCUGCAAAUUUGGCUAAAAUUCCCUGAGGAUUUCCGUGCUGCACAUGGUGGUUUUGACCCUUUAGGAAGCUCUGCAGUACGCAUUGUUGCCCAUUAACACUUUCAGAGCAAAAAUUUGAGAAACAUUCUUUCUUCUUUUUUUUCUUUUUUUUUUUUCCGGAUUAAAAAAAAUCAAGACUAUGGGUCAAGGUCCUUAACGUAUGUUGAAGUGUGUAUUAAAUCUGUCCCCAUGGUUUUAUGCACCCCGCAUAAUUUAGCAAAAUUUGAUCAUUUUUUGCAUUAUUUCGGAUUAUUUUCCUUUAUCAUUCUUUGUUAGUUAAAAUUAACAGAAUAGCAUAAUUUCACAUAUUUGGGCUCAGUUUGCAUAAUUUAAGAAUUUUUCUUGCUUAAAACGACGGGGACAGUUUUAUUUUGUUUGCAAACGCAACUUCGCAUAUAUUUGCACAAAGUACCAGUGGUAUUAUUGUAUACUCCUACACUGAUCAUUCUCUAUAAUAAGCAGUUUGAAUUUAAAGUGUUUUUGCGUUCUUUUAUAUUAUACUUUAUGUAUCUUCUGUACAACGUGAUGCGAGGUUCACUGUACGUGUACAAUUUAUGUUGAAAAAGAAUGUCUUUACACCAGUCACCACUGCCAUUUGUAAUAUAAUGUAUAAUACGUGUAUACAGGUAAUUAAUGUCUUGUGUUAUUAGUGCAAUAAAUACUGCUCCAUUAAUC